GUAUGGGGCAUGUUCCAAUCUAUAAAAAGACAAAAUUAAGUUAUUUAAAUGACGUGAAGAAUUUCGCUUGCUUAGAGACACUUAAACACUUAAAUUUCUCUCUUGGUUUUGUUCUUGACACUCUCGGUAGACGCGGUUCGCGUCCUUCGUCUCGUUACCCUCGCUUCGUGCCUUUGUUAGGCUUGACACGACAAACUGGAGCACGAGUCAUGGCUGCGGAAAAUGAGGUUUUUGAUUGGGGCAAUGAAAAGUUGCAACGUGCUCAAAAGACUGUAAAUGAAUCCAUUUAUGAUCUUGAAGCAUGGAGUCUUCUCAUCAGGGAAGCACAAAAUAGAUCAAUAGCUGAAAUGAGACCAGUUUUUGAAAGACUUGUCACAGUAUUUCCAUCAGCAGGACGUUAUUGGAAAAUUUAUAUUGAACAAGAGAUGAAAUCACGCAACUAUGAAAAAGUAGAAAAGCUUUUCCAGAGGUGUCUCAUGAAAAUUUUAAAUAUUGAAUUAUGGAAAUUGUAUCUUACUUAUGUUAAAGAAACUAAAGCAAGCUUAACGACUUAUAAAGAGAAAAUGGCCCAAGCAUACGAUUUUGCUUUAGAUAAAAUUGGAAUGGACAUACACUCUUACAGUAUUUGGAAUGAUUAUGUUGUAUUUUUAAAAAGUGUAGAAGCAGUUGGUUCUUAUGCUGAAAACCAAAGAAUAAGUGCUGUUCGAAAGGUUUAUCAACGUGGAGUCGUAAAUCCUAUGAUCAAUAUGGAAACACUGUGGAAGGAUUACAUGGCUUUUGAGCAAAAUAUUAAUCCUAUAAUUGCAGAAAAAAUGGGAAUUGAACGGUCACGAGACUACAUGAAUGCAAGGAGAGUCGCCAAAGAGUUGGAAGCGGUCACAAGAGGAUUGAACAGAAGUGCACCAAGUGUACCUCCAACUGGUCAUCCCGAAGAAGUUAAACAAGUAGAGUUGUGGAAAAAGUACAUUGCUUGGGAGCGUAGCAAUCCAUUGAGAACGGAGGACACGACACUAGUUGCUCGCAGAGUGAUGUUUGCAAUCGAGCAAUGCCUACUUUGCCUCGGACACCAUCCAGCUGUAUGGCACCAGGCCGCUCAUUUUCUUGACUAUAGCUCAAAGAUUCUAACUGAAAAAGGCGACGUUAAUGCGGCCAAAAACUUGAGCGACGAGGCAGCUACGAUGUUUGAGCGUGCUACCACCACCUUGCUGUCAAGAAACAUGUUGUUGUAUUUUGCUCAUGCAGACUUUGAAGAGGGCCGGGUUAAGUACGACAAAGUGCACCAAAUUUACCAAAAGUUCCUCGACAUUCCAGACAUCGAUCCUACGCUGGCAUAUAUUCAAUACAUGAAAUUCGCUAGAAGAGCUGAAGGUAUCAAAUCUGCAAGAACCGUCUUUAAAAGGGCGCGUGAAGACCCCCGGUGUAAGCACAAUGUCUACGUAGCGGCUGCCCUUAUGGAAUACUAUUGCACAAAGGAUAAAAAUAUAGCGUUCCGUAUUUUUGAACUUGGACUAAAAAAGUUUGCUGAUAAUCCAGAUUAUAUACUGUGCUACAUAGACUAUUUAUCACAUUUAAAUGAGGACAACAAUACAAGAGUAUUAUUCGAACGAGUAUUGUCAUCUGGAAGCUUGGAGCCCGAAAAAUCGGUUGACAUAUGGAAUCGAUUUUUGGAAUUCGAAUCUAAUAUUGGAGAUCUAGCGAGUAUUGUCAAAGUAGAAAAACGGCGCAGUGCUGUUCUUGAUAAGCUCAAAGAAUUCGAAGGAAAAGAAACUGCCCAGCUGGUGGACAGAUAUAAGUUUCUUAACUUGUACCCCUGUACGCCGAUCGAACUAAAAUCCAUUGGUUACAUAGAAGUAUCGAAUAUCGGUAGAACAACGUCGUGCUCACUGCCUCGCACUCCUGAUGCUGAAGAAGUUAUUGCAGCACUCCCAAAGCCGGACUUGGCCCAAAUGAUUCCCUUCAAGCCUAAAGUAAAUCCUUUGCCGGGAGAACAUCCUGUUCCAGGUGGAUCAUUCCCACUUCCACCGGCCGCCGCCCAGUUAUGCACGAUGCUACCGCCACCAGGUUGUUUCAGAGGUCCUUUUGUUGCAGUUGAAAUGCUCAUAGAUGUUUUUAGUCGAAUUCAGUUGCCAGAACAUGCUCCUCUGCCAACAGCAGACAACGGUUGUGAUACCAAGUUAUUCGAUUUGGCAAAGUCCGUCCACUGGAUUGUUGACGAAAGUGCUGAUGGUAAUCAUAUUAUUAACAAACGCAAAAAAAUGCGACUAGCUGGUGAUGAAAGCGAUGAAGAGGAUUUACCACCACCUCCUGCCAAUGACAUUUACAGACAGAGGCAGCAGAAGCGCGUAAAGUAAAUUAUUUUCGAGACCUUUCAAGAAGACGAAGAUGAUCAUCCAUCUCUAUAAAAAAUUUCGUAGACGAUUAUUGUGAUUUAGGUUAGACAUAACGUUAUUCCAGCUUAUUUAAAAAUAUAUAAAUUGUAAAACAAAAGUCACAUGUAAACAAUAUAAACUUUGGGCUUGAGACAAUUUGACGUUUACACUUUGGAAAACUAUGUCAAUUCGAUAGUUUUUUCUUAGCGUGAUAACAUUUAUUACGCUGCUACGUCGCAAUUUUUUUUUUUAUUCAAAAUUAUCUAUAAAAUUGCAGCUUCUUUUGAGAAAUUUUCAAGUUUAGAUAAAUU